CAUAACCACCGACUGCCGGUCGAAUCAGCUGUUCAAAAUGUCUUGGCAAACCGGGCUAAUCAAAACAAUUUUAGAUCCAGCUAAUUUAAUUAUAUCAACGGACAUUGCAGUUGUUAUUGCGGACAAAUAUCCAAAAGCACGCCAUCAUUAUCUUGUGCUUCCCAAGGAGGAUAUUGCCAGCAUUUUUCAGUUGAAUAGGAAGCAUUUACCAUUACUGGAGGAACUUCAUCUGCUGGCCCGCAAUAUAAUUGAAGUGCGCGGCGAAUGCUUUGAGUCAUUUCGGAUUGGCUUUCAUGCCCAGCCGAGUAUGCAACGGCUGCAUUUGCACGUAAUAUCAAAGGACUUUGUCUCCAGUUGGUUAAAGACAAAGAAACACUGGAAUAGCUUCAAUACGCCGCUAUUUAUACCAUACGAAGCACUCUAUGAGGACCUAGGCAAAAACGACAAAAUAGAACGUUUGCCCAAGGCAAAGGUAGAGGAGCUGCUGUCAAAGCCAUUGGCGUGCAACCAGUGUGAAUUCGUUGCCAAGAACAUCCCUUCGCUCAAGGAACACCUGCUGCAGCACUGACUGAGCUCAGCAAUU